AUGAUCCCAGUGCAUAGUGUAGACGGUAGAAAGCAGAGAGUUUCUGACCUCUCCAGUGGCAGUAUGUCUAAGGGAUUGCCACACCACAAGUUUUUAAUGACCUCUGUAGGAUUAACACCGCAAGUGACAGAUCUGAAUAAUAUUUUGUGUGGAAUAAGCAGCGGAGUGGUCCAAAUUCUCGUCAGUCAGCCGUUCGAGCAAAUCAAGGUACGUAAUCAAAGUUCUUCAUAUCUUAAAAGUAGCUACCAAGCUACUGAAAGACGAGAAAGCUCUGGUACUCUACAAGGGUACUCUGACGCUAGUCUUGAGACUGCGCACCUGCGUCUCCUGCCAGUUUGA